GAAAACGUUCGAGAAGCGGAAACAUUCGAGACUGCACAUCCAAGAUUGAUUGUCCACCCGCUUCGGCAAUUCGAUAUGGAAACUUUAGACUCUCCAAAAUCUACCUCUUGUCAGGCAUACCAAUCAAUCAAUCAAUCAAUCAAUCAAUCAAUCAAUCGUAUUCAUAUUCUACUUCUAGAUUUCAAAUCACACACAUGCACAUACAACUACUAAGUAAACUUUCAUGUCCCUCACACGCAUCUAAUACCACAUACUUACUGUUAUUUCUUGAGAUUAUUAUACGCAGAUCAUGCAACGCGGCAGGACGACAGCCAGCAAUACAUCAUGCAUAAGAUAAUCAUCGCACACUGUAGGAUUGGAGCUGUACCAUAGUUGAAGAUUCUGAUAGUACUUUUUUCGUCGAUGUACUAAAGAAAUUGUUCUUGCUGCCAUAACUGACUGUACUCAGGAGAUAUUUUUUGGUUGGCGAUCUUGGUUUCGUGUAUUCCUAUUUGAUAAUGCGUAACUUUAAACUUUGAUUCUGUGCCUGAACCAAAUGGCUUCUGUAUGAAAAUGCAUCCAGUGCACAGUUGUUUUCGUCGAUUGUUAGUUUUACCGUUGUCUGUACAUCAUGAUCGCAGAAACAGAAUAUGAUGAUCGUAAACUGCUUUUCACCUAAUUCCUAGCCUGACUGGGGAAUUCACAAAUGUUGUAUUCGUAUCUGGAACAAGCACCAUCUGGC